CUUCGAUUAAGUGCGAUUCACGACUGAACGACGUACUCGACGCUGAUUGGUCAGUCGGAAUUAUACUUGCAAUUUGUAAGCAAUACAAACGUCAUUCAAGGUUCAGCAGUUACUUACGCGACGAGUGCGGUAACGGUGGAAGCGCUGGGCUAAGUAUCCCUUUGAGCUCGGUCGGCGUCGCUCACAGUUCGUCCUUCCCUCUUCUAGCCACAGCCACCAUGGGGAUUUCACUCAAGCAUGUGAGCUUCGUGAUGCUGGUGCUGCAGAACACGGCGCUGUCCAUCGUGUCCAAGUACUCACGAGCCAAGGCCGGACCGAAGUACCGUCCCAGCUCCGUCGUGCUGCUCGUGGAGAUGCUCAAGUUCGUGCUGUGCUACCUCAUGCUUCUCAAGACCAAACGAGGCAACGUCAAGGCGUCCGUGCGUACGCUACAGAUCGAAGUCUUCGCUGACAAGACGGGACUCACGAAGAUGGCGGUGCUCGCUUUCCUGUACGCGCUACAGAACAUGUUCGCUCUCGUGGCCUAUGACUACGUGGACGUGGCCACGUACCAGAUCGUGUACCAGCUCAAAAUCAUCACCACCGCCAUGUUCAUGAUCGUGCUGCUACAUCGUCGCUUCAGUGCCGUACAGUGGUGCGCUAUGGUAGCACUAAUGGCCGGUGUAGCCAUCUGCUCCUACUCGCGACUACCGAGUGGAUCGCAGCACACGGACGAAGCCACAAGCACCAAGCGAUUCAUUGGUAUCUGCAUUAUGCUUGGACUGGCAGUCAAUUCUGGCCUUGCAGCAGCCUACUUUGAGCGCGUCAUGAAGUCUCACAAGGGCGUCCAGACUCAGCAGACGCUUGACCCGCUCUGGACGCGCAACCUGCAGCUGUCCGCCAUCUCUGUGGGCGUCACUUGCUUCGACCUCGUGCGCAACUUUGGCGAAGUGUGGACGAAUGGCUUCUUCCACGGUUUCCACCCGACGGUCUUUGCAGUGAUCUUCUUACAGGCCGUCGGUGGACUCACUAUCGCUGCUGUUGUGCGCUACUCGGACAACAUCGUCAAGAACUUCGGCACAUCCUUCUCGCUUAUCUUGUCAUGCAUCAUCUCCAACUACAUGUUCGACCAGACAGCCACGUUCUCCUUCUACUUCGGUGUGUUCCUGGUCGUCGGCUCCGUCUUCGUCUACGGUGAUAGCCGCUUUGCCAUCAAACCGGUUGCUGCCAAGAAGGAGCGACGACCUACGACCGAUGGGUUGGCACAUGAAAUUGCCAUCGACACCAAGAACACGCAGGUGUUGCACUCUGGCAACAGGAACUUCGUAGCGCGGUCCGUGCAAACAUUCAACGUUUUAUGCGUUUAGAGUUAGAGGGGAUUCUUCGCAAUUGCUAAGUACAGUAUCUGCCUACCACACUUGUAAGCCUCGUCGUGGGCAACAAUUACACAGCAAAGACACACUCUCUGUGGUGUAGUAAGUGUCGGC